UGUUCGGCUGGCCGUUCAAAUGCUAAAGAGCAACCUUGUGUCUUUUCCAAAUGGCAGCAAUCAACAGGGUAUUUUUGUUUUCGCUGCCCUGCUGCUUCCGUUGGCCAAUAUCGAGUACAAAAUCAGCGACAAUCGAAGAAACUACAUUGUUUUUUACGUUUUGUUUGAAUCCCUUAAGCUUAGCAAAAAAGACACCGAUUGCAUUUUGCAUUUGCACCGAAUCCUUCCGGAGUUUUCAGCUCUGCUACAAGAACUAGAGGACGAGUCGGGAGACUUAAAUACGCUAAGAUUGGGAAGGGCUUUACGAGAUAUUGGAGAAUAUUGGAAUCUGGCGUUGAACUUGGCAGUUAUUCGAUUGUUGCCCUACCCAAAAGGUGAAAUCUCAGAAACAGUCUUCGAUCCUCCCUUUGAUUCAGAUGACCAGCGCAGCAGACCCUUUGUUUUGCAAAAGCGAUUCAUCGAUCAAAUUCACGCAAAAAAACUAUACGAAGUAUGGAAGAUUAAACCCUAUUUUCGAGGAGAUCAAAUUAUCGAAGUACUCGGUCUGAAGCCCGGUCCUAUAGUGAGAAUAGCCUUGGAGCGACAAAUAGACUGGAUGAUAACUCAUCCUUCUGGAACGCAGGAAGAGUGUGAAGAGUGGAUUAAAAACAAGGAAUUUUUGGAGGACGAGCUAAAAAAUGACGAGUAUUACACAACGAACAAAAAAAAAAAAAUUUAAAGCUAAAGAUGCACAAAAAAUCCCUUUUCACCCAGAGCAAAGAGAUACGAAUAUUCGAGUCUCUGGCUCAAGACUAGCACGGCCAUUUUCAUUUUUGCGGUUUGCCAUGAAAAGAAAUGGUAGGGGAUGUUUUACGAUAGGCGUUCCAGAAGGCAGCGAUUUUGAUAAUACUGCAGUUGUUGCAAGAAAUUAUAGUGGGUCGAUAUCAAGAUGAAACCAUCUGGUCGGAGCCCUGUAAAACGCGAACGCUUGCCUCUAGCGUGAGCGAAAGGCACGCGCGGCUCGUAGGGAUUGGUUGCGUGGCAGUGCGAAAAGCGUUCUUUUGCCGAGGUGGGUUGGAGAGGCAAUGAGGGCCUUCAGUCGGGUGAUGAGAUGACACUUGCCAAAGAAAUCAGUAAAAUAAUAAAAAAACCACAUAACACAAAUAUGCGUUUGUACAACGCAUGUAAAGCACACACAUAGAGCAGCUAGCGGUUAAUUUUGUAGUACUAUGAAUCUGUGAGCUACCACAGAUCCUCCUCUCGUCGUUACCAGCUCAGCCUUGUGUCAAAACAUUUAUUGAUUUAACUGACUGACCGGCGCAUUUGCUCGAUAAAAUGAAUACAAAUAGAAGAGUGACCUUGGAGAGCAUUUGGCCGGACCUCGAGAAUGGCCUUAACCAAUUGCUAUUCAACCUGAAUCAGGGGAUUUCCAACGAGUACUGGAUGCGCCUGUAUACCCAUGUUUACCAAUUUUGCAUGGACAACAACAAGGGGACUUGCAAAGGAGCUGACUUUGGAGGUAGAGAACUUUACUACAGUCUUCUCAAUUUUUUAAAAGAAUACAUCAAGGGCUUAUUCAAAGUGGCAGAGGCAACCCCCGACGAUUGCCUUUUGCAACACUACAAGAGAGAGUGGGACCGAUUUAACACGUCGAUGAAGUACAUCAAUCACGUGUUCAGGUAUUUGAAUUUGCACUGGGUGAAGAGAGAGCAGUUGGAGCUUGGGUCGGACGACGAAGAAAAUGAAGUGUAUGAGAUUUAUUUUCUAGGGUUGGUUUUAUGGAAUCGGUACAUGUUGAAGGAGAUUAAGGAUCGGCUGACGGCGACGUUGCUGAGUUCCAUAGAGAGGGAGAGGAACGGCGAGCAGGUGGACGUGCACUUGAUUCAGGACGUGAUAAAGUCUUACGUGUUGUUGUUGUCCAAUAAUUCGAAGAAGUCGCAGUCGAAUUCCGAGUUGUACGACACGAAAUUUUCGGAGCAGUUGAUUAGGGCGACGGAGCGGUAUUACACGGCGGAGUCGAUGCAGUUCAUAUCGGAGAACACGAUAUCGAGUUACAUGGAGAAAAUAUCCAAGAGGUUGGAGGAGGAGGAGGAGCGCGUGAAGACGUAUUUGCAUCCGUGCAUGGCAUCCGAUUUGAUUAGGGUGGUGGAGAAGGUGUUGAUUGACCAGCACAAGGAGGCCAUAUGGCAGGAGUUUCCGAAGAUUUUGAAUGAGGACAAGGUGGAGGAUUUGGCGCGAAUGUACAAUUUGUUUUCGAGGAUUUCGUACGCGAUUGAUCCGCUUAGAGAUACGUUUGAGGAGCACGUGUAUCACGCUGGGCUGAAUGAGGUGAGUGCGGUGCAGUCUACGACGAUUAGCAAUCCGGUUGAGUACGUGACGGCCUUGUUGAACGUGCACAAGAAGUACAAUUCGCUCGUCGUGGAGGCGUUCAAUUCGGACACGGGGUUCGUGGCGUCCUUAGAUAGAGCGUGCAGCAAGUUCAUCAAUGACAAUGCGGUGACGAAGGUGCACGGAUCGACCAAGUCGCCCGAGUUGAUUGCUAAGUAUUGCGACACGUUGCUCAAGAAAAGUCAUAAAUCCUUGGAGGAGCAAGAGACGCUUGAGACAUUGAAUAACGUGAUGCUCUUGUUCAAGUAUAUUGAGGAUAAGGACGUGUUUCAGACAUUUUAUUCGAAGAUGUUGGCCAAGCGGUUGAUUCACGGAACGUCUUCCAGCAUGCAUUUGGAGGUGCAGGUCAUUUCCAAGCUUAAGCAGAACUGCGGUUACGAAUAUACGUCCAAGUUGACUCGCAUGUUCAGUGAGAUCGAGCUUUCGAAGGAGCUGCAAGAGCGUUUUUUGGCGACGAUCAAUUCCAGCGAGCUCAAUUCGUCGAGUUUUUCGAUUCUUGUCCUGGGCACGAGUUUCUGGCCCCUGCAAGCGCCGGUCAGGAGUUUCUCGAUCCCGAAGGAGCUCGCCUGUUGGGAGCAGGCGUUCUCAGCGUUUUAUACGAACGAAUUCAACGGCCGCAAGCUGAACUGGCUCCACCAGCUGUGCAAAGGGGAUCUUCGAUUUCACUGCCACCAGAAUCCACGCAAUGGCUACGUGCUUCAAUGCAGCGUUUACCAGAUGGCCAUUUUGCUGCUGUUCAACAAUGCGGACGAGCUGACGGUUGAAGACCUGCAGAUCGCCACUCAGCUGAACGAUGGCACCCUGCGUGCGACCAUCUUGUCGCUCUUGAAGACCAAGGUUUUGUGCAGUCAAUCGGGUUCCGGCUCGAUGGAGUUGGACAAGCGUCAGGUGCUGGUGGUCAAUCCCAAUUUCAAGAGCAAGCGGGCGCGAGUGAUGGUGAACGUCUUCUUCAGAGAGGAGCAAGCCAAAGAGACAGUCGAAAUGCAGCAGGUGAUUGAAGAGGGUCGCUAUAAUUUGGUUCAAGCUUCGAUAGUUCGUAUCAUGAAGGGAAGAAAGACUUGCGAUCACUCCAACUUGAUUUCUGAGGUGAUUCUCCAACUUCAGAAUCGGUUUAAGCCUUCUGUGCCUCUGAUCAAAAAGUGCAUCGACAUUUUGAUAGAAAAAGAGUAUCUAGAACGCGACGAAAACCAGAAGGACAUUUACAACUACAAGCCCUAGGACGCGCGGAAGACGGGGGGCCGACUGGGGGGGAAAAAAAAAAAGAGCAGCGGGUAGGGAAAAAAAAAAAAAAAAAUCUCGCUUGUCCGAAAUGAUCUUUGAUAAGGCGUUUGAUUGAUAGUUUUGAUGUUUUCGCAUUUGGAGUUUCUUUCGUCCAUCGAGAGCCUUCUGUGCGCAUGCGAGAGUGGAUGCGAACGUGUGUGUCAAAGAUGGCCCAUAACUAAAAUUUAUAUUUUUAUCGCUCUCUGUUUCGUACAUCGCCGUUUUCAGAGUUUUUUUUUUUUUUUUUUUUUAUUAAGAACGCUUGUACUUGAAGUAUUGGUGUUUGAGGUUUUCGGUUCCGUUCAUAAGUUGUACGUCUUUGAUUGAGCUGGAUUGGGUCAGGUUGUCGUAGAUUUUGGCGGUGGCUCUGGAGAGGAAUAGUUUGUAGGAAUUGCGGAUGGUCCAUGGUUCUAGGAACGCGGCGUAGAGAAGGAGGGUGGUCGAGAUCGAGUAGAUGAGUUCUAUUGAGAAUGAGAGGGAGGGGAGGAGUCGGAGCCUGAUGAGUUUUUGGAAGAUGGCUUCUACGACUUUUCCGACAGUGUAGAGCGUGAUUUCGGUGCUGGUUUGGACGGUGGUUGCACAGCAGCCGCCGGCGAACCCGCUGGCGAAGUCGAUCAGGGGGUGGUCCUUUUUGAAGAGAGUGGUGAACGAGACUUUGACGAGCCGCGAGACGCCGACGAGGAUCGAGACGAAGCACCCGGAGCGGAGGGCGGUUUUUCCGAAGCUUUUUUUGAGGACCCGAAGAGGGUAUCGAAGGAGGAAGAGGGGCGAGAAGAGUUUUGGGAAGAGAGAAGAAAAA